CUCACUUAUUAGAAAGGUAAAUGCUAUUCCGACUCAUUGGGACUUCCACUCCCUAUACCCUAACCCUAAUUUCAACCCCCACCCUUACCCUAACCCUAGAAUUAACCAUAAUCCUUACCAGUUAGGGUGAACCUCAUCAGAUUUCAAAUUCAAUGGGGUGACGUCAGAGUUGUACAUCCCACGGAUCCCGUAUAGCAAUGACGCGGAUGGAUAUUGAAAGCCCUUUGCUGUAGCUGGAGAGUGGAAGGUUAGAAAGUCUUGGUCUGAGUAGCAGGGUGGUAGGAUGGCGGAAGCGUUCCUAGAUGGGAAGGAUGCUCACUCUCUCCUCAAGCGCUUCCCCCGAGCCAACAGUUUCCUGGAGGAGUUCAGACAGGGUAACAUCGAACGGGAGUGUGUGGAGGAGAGCUGCAGCUUCGAGGAGGCCAAUGAAGUGUUCGAGAAUAAAGAGAGAACAAUGGAGUUCUGGAAGACUCGCAGUGUGUACACGGUGAGCAGCCACGAGCAGACCAGGGACGGCCGUUCAGAGGGCCACCUCUACAUGGUGGUUCCCCUGCUGGGCGUGGCUCUCCUCCUCCUCAUCGCCCUCUUCCUCAUCUGGAGGUGCCAGCUGCAGAAGGCCACACGGCGGCGGCCUGCCUACACCCAGAACCGCUACAUGAACAACCGCAACACCCGCAGCCUGCCGCGCAUCCUGGUCCACCGGGACACGCCAUCCCACUCCGAGACCCCCUUAUCCAGGCCCACGGUGGUGGUGAGUGGGGUGGAGAGAGUAGUAGGAGGAAGUGGAGGAGGGUCGCUGGUUUGCGCUGCAAACGUUCCCCAAGAACCUCACUCCCACCCUCAGAACACUCGCUCAGCCCUGUACGUCCAGGAUCCGUCUGUGUCAGUAGCGUCGCGUCUCUCCGGUGCCACACCUCCUCCUUCCUACGAGGAGGUGACAGGACACCUGGAGAGCAGCAGCGACGAGGUGUCGGCGCCGUACAGCGACCCUCCGCCCAAAUAUGAGGAGAUUGUCAAGGAGAAGUAAGCAGAGGGAGGGAGAGAGGGAUGGAGGGAGGGAGGCUGGGCCGGGGGCCAUACUGUCAGAUCCAUCCCUCCCUCCAUUGUCCUUGUCUCUGGUCUGAGGGGCUGGCAAACUGCUAGCUCUCCGUGGGAAAGAAUGCACUGUGGUAUCUAAUAUCUUGAAGCACUUGUUGUAUCUAUCGCUGACUGACUACUGUACAAGGUUUGGAACGACGAUGAUCUGUGCUACACUGUGUUUUCUUCUUGAGUUAUCUAUCUUGCCAAUGCCUGGGGGUUUGGCGGUCUGUUUUGAUUUUGCGUUGUUGUUAUGCAUCAGUGUUUCUCACUGUACUCUGAAUGUGGUGGUCAUUGUUUACUAGUGCGUAUGACUCUGCAGUGAAGCGCUAUAUCCAUAAUAGCUGUAUAUUUAUACUGUAUACUUUUCCACCUUUCUCUCAUCACACCAGCUGUAGCUAAUCACUUGGAGAAAUACAAUCGCUGCGUCUACACUGCCUUCCCCCCUAAACACUGCAGAAACGACACCUUUCCCGGACACCCCGAGGCACCUUUAAAUGUGUCAGCCAUCCCAAAUGGUGCCCUAUUCCCUACAUAGUGUACUCACUACUUUUGACCAGGGCCAUUUGGGACGUGGUUGUGAGAGGAAUGGAACAUUGCCAAGUCACCCUCCAUCCCCUGAGAGGAAGAGACUACUGUGUGGAUGAAGGUAGUGAGGAUGUUUCCCAAGCCCUCAGUAGUACUUCUUCCUCUCCAGAGUUGUGCCGUGACUCAUGAUAAAGGAGAGUUGAUUUGCCAAAAGUGCACUGCUGAUUACGUGUACUGCUUUCUGAACACACAAAAUGAAAAGAAAAAGUAUAUUCUUUCAUUUAUUGAAAGUAGUAUGGUUUAACAAACAGAAACAGUAGCUUGUGGACUAUGGGACUAUAGGACUAUCUAAUUAUGAAGAGGAUGCAGCCAGACACAGCGGAUGAGUUGGGAUCUUCAGUGUUUCUCCUCUGUCUGAAUCCAAUGCCAAGGCCGUCUUUCUCCACAUACAUCCUCUGGUCAUGGAAGGGCCUUGAAUUAAGAGGAAACGGAUGCACUCCAAGUGUAUGGUGGGAAGAACACGCAUACUAUCUCAAAAUGUCAAUCAGGUAUUUGAGUUUUUGGCUAAUUAGAAAAUAAUUGAAUGACCUGAUAAUUAAUUCCAGUCCUUUAUUAAGCUUACCAGUAAAUAUACUAUCUUACACACACAAACAAACACAAGACACACACACACACACACACACACACACACACACACACACACACACACACACACACACACACACACACACACACACACACACACACACACACACACACACACACACACACACACACAGGUACGCACGAAUGCACACACACACAAACACACGGGUACGCAGACACACACACACGCACAUGUACGCAUGCACGCACGCACACACACACACACAGGUACGCACGAAUGCACACACACACACACCCAACACACACACACACGGGUACGCAGGCACACACACACACACACACACACACACACACACACACACACACACACACACACACACACACACACACACACACACACACACACACACACACACACACAGAGGAAGCACAAUCAGUAGCUCUGACAACAUUCCAGUCAACCCUCAGCCUAUCCCUCUCAAAGCUGCAGUGAACUUUACAAUGCUGGCUUCAGUACUGCUGUGCUAUAACUGUUUACAAUUGCUACUUUUUAAUCUUGUUUGAAUAGAUGCGUAAGAAAUCUCUAGACAAGUGAGCCAUGGUCGGGUAUAUCACCAUCAUGACUGCGGAAUGGUACAAAUGCUCUUCUUUUCUUUAGUCUCUUCUUGUUUUGUUGUUUGCCUUUUGACUGCUUUUUCACUUGUGUCUCGUUUUGUUGGUGUUCAAACCUUGUUGAACCAGACAUCCACCAACCAGGACAUGCAGCAGAAGUAGUGUUUCACAAUCAGCUCAGGUUGCCAGCAGUAACAGUCUCUAUGUUAUAUACUAACCACUGCCAAUGGCUGGACCAAAUGGGAUCACAAGAUAACUCUGACUUGUACUGCAAUACCUGGAGUACCUGUUUUUUACACAGGGGAGAGAGAAAAGGAGCGACCAAGGGCAGAGAGAGAGAUAGGGAGCGGGAGUUGCCCUCUGGCCUGUCUGGGGCCUUCUCCUCAAGGUUAGCAAUGUAAGCGUCUGGCCUGGGCUUAGUCUGCUCUGCAGUUUUCCAAGGAAGGAGGGAUGACAAAACACUAGGGCUUCUGCAGGGAAGGGAAGGAGGGAUGGACACAGGGCUACUGCAAUGGUCCUUCCCUUUCUAGAGGAGCUAGAUGCUGGCUGCUUCUGAUGAUGUGAGCACUGUCUGUCUGCUUCUGAUGACGCGAGCGUUGUCUGUUUCUGUCUGCUGACUAGUUCCUAGUGUCCCCGGGCUCUCAAGGCUCUUUAUACUGACAUCUAUUCUACAGUUUGUGCUGAUUCAUAUUCAUGGAAUAUGUGUGAGAGUGUGUGUGAGAUCCUGUAUUUGUGCCCAAACUCUCCUUAAAAAUUCACUUCACUAAAGAUUGAAAUACUCCACAAAAAAAAUAAUUGUUUAUGUUCUUUACUAUAUCUAUAUAUUCACGCAUGUACAUGUAAAUAUACAGUGCGUUUCGGAAAGUAUUCAGACCCCUUGACUUUUUCCACAUUUUGUUAUGUUACAGCCUUAUUCUAAAAUGGAUUAAAUACUGUUUUCCCCUCAGAAGUCUACACACAAUAACCCCAUAAUGACAUGUUUUUAGAAUAUUUAGCAAAUGUAUAACCCCGCCCCCCAAAAAACAUACCUUAUUUACAUGAGUAUUCAGACCCUUUGCAAUGAGAAUCGAAAUAGAGCUCAGGUGCAUCCUGUUUCUACUGAUCAUCCUUGAGAUGUUUCUACAACUUGAUUGGAAUCCACCUGUGGUAAAUUCAAUUGAUUGGACAUGAUUUGGAAAGGCACACACCUGUCUAUAUAAGGUCCCACAGUUGACAGUGCAUGUCAGAGCAAAAACCAAGCAAUGAGGUCGAAGGAAUUGUCCGUAGAGAUCUGAGACAGGAUUAUGUCGAGGCACAGAUUUGGGGUUGGCAUACCAAAAAAUGUCUGCAGUAUUGAAGGUCCCAAAGAACACAGUGGCCUCCAUCAUUCUUAAAUAGAAGACUUUUGGAACCACCAAGACUCUUCCUAGAGCUGGCCGCCCAGCCAAACUGAGCAAUCGGGGGCGAAGGGCCUUGGUCAGUGAGUUGACCAAUAACCAGAUGGUCACUCUGACAGAGCUCUAGAGUUCCUCUGUGGAGAUGGGAGAACCUUCCAGAAGGACAACCAUCUCUGCAGCACUCCCCCAAUCAGGCCUUUAUGGUACAGUGGCCAGACGGAAGCGACUCCUCAGUAAAAGGCACAUGACAGCACAUCUGGAGCUUGCCAAAAGCCACCUAAAGACUCUCAGACCAUGAGAAACUAGAUUAUUUGGCUUAAAUGCCAAAUCUAAAGGAAACCUGGCACCAUCCCUACGGUGAAGUAUGGUGGUGGCAUUAUCGUGGUGGCAUUAUCAUGCUGUGGGGGUGUUUUUCAACAGCAGGGACUGAGAGACGAGUCAGGAUCGAGGGAAAGAUGAACGGAGCAAAGCACAGAGAGAUCCUUGAUGAAAACCUGCUCCAGAGCUCUCAGGACCUCAGACUGGGGUGAAGGUUCACCUACCAACAAGAUAACGACGCCAAGCACAAAGCCUGCGUAGGAGUGGCUUCGGGACAAGUCUCUGAAUGUCCUUGAGUGGCCAAGUCAGAGCUCGGACUUGAACCUGAUCAAACAUUUCUGGAGAGACCUGAAAAUAGCUGUGCAGCAACGUUCCCCAUCCAACCUGACAUAGAUUGAGAGGAUCUGCAGAGAAGAAUGGGAGAAACUCCCCAAUUACAGGUGUGCCAAGCUUGUAGCGACAUACCCAAGAAGAAUUGAGGUUGUAAUUGCUGCUAAAGGUUCUUCAACAAAGUACUGAGUAAAAGGUCUGAAUACUUAUGUAAAUGUCAUAUUUCAGUUUUUUAUUAUUAAUACAUUUGAAUUAAACCUGUUUUUGCUUUGUCAUUAUGGAUUAUUGUGUGUAGAUUGAUAAGGGAAAAAACUAUUUAAUUUUAGAAUAAGGCUGUAACCUAACAAAAUGUGGAAGAAGUCAAGGGGUCUGAAUACUUUCCGAAUGCACUGUAGAUAUAUAUAUCGCACACUACUGUUGAUGUUUUCUAAUGGUUUUUAAUGGGUGCAUGAAUAUCUGAUAAUUUUUGUCAAUGACUUGGGUUCAACACUAUGUCUACAUCCCAAAUGGCACUCUGUUCCCUAUGAAGUGCACUUCUUUUGACCACAGGCCUAUGUGCCCUGGUCAAAAUUAGUGUACUAUAUAGGGAAUAGGGUGCCAUCUGGGACGAACCCUAUAUCACUAGUCUAGAAGUGACUGUGCUUGUGAUGCUGUUCAAUGUUUAGAAAGACGGACCUUGAAGCCUCACAAAUAGGGGCCAGAAGUUGAACCUGUUUAGAAAAACCCUAUCUUGCCAACUCCUGUCACUCACUGUCAUGCCUAACAUUGACUUCAAAAUGACAGCAAUGGAGUUGGCAAGAGCACAAACAGAUCUGGGAUCAGGCCAAUGCUACAGGGAGUUCAUUAUGAAGAACACUGCUUGCUGCUCUCCACUGUUACAUAAAUCAGUCAACAACAGGUAUAGGAUCAGAAAACUGCAAUUCUAACCUUUACCAGUAGCGGGAUGAAAAACAUCUGACCCUGUAUCAGUGUAUAACAGCUGUUUCUACCUACGGUGCAUAAAUGAGGGUUACAAGUGAGAGUAGCUUAGAUAGGUCUCCUAGACUACUGAACCUUGGACAAUCCAGGCCUCAUCAACAUUCAAUUAGUUCAGAUACAGUUACAUAAGCCACAGCCUGGCCUCCCACUCUGUUAAAGUUGAUUUCACCCAGUUAUCAUGAAGAAACCACUGAAAUGUUAGAAAUGUCCAAAUACUCAUUCUCUUGUUACUGGAUGUCCAUUAAAUGGGUUCAGCCUGACAAAUGCUUUAUUAAUACUCACGUGUCUUUGACCAAAGUACCAUACAGUCUGUCUCUAGGUCACUGGCCCUAUGCUCUGGUCCAGGGCAUUACAUGUGGCCUUCUUCAACAAGGCUUGCCGCAUGUAACACCCUGGACCAGAGCAACUGUGGUCUAUGCUUCCUCCUGGUUCUGUCUGGUUGUGGAUAUACUGGGCUUUCUGGGUCGCAAAUGUCACCCUAUUCCCUAUAUGGUGCACUUCUUUGGACCAGGACCCAUAGGGAUCUGGCAAUAAAUAGUGGACCAUGUAGUGAAUAGGGGGCCAUUUGGGGACGCAGGCCUGCAUGUGGGUCAGUGUGAGAGUCGGAGGAGGAGAGGGUGAUGUGAAGGGGGCUGGGUGUCUCUCAUCUUAUGACAGACCCAGUGGAAUUGGUGGUGGUCCUAAUGGAAUACAAUAGAGUUAAAAUAGGUUGCUGUUAACCCAAUUUCAAACACAACCCAUGUGGUUGUACUGCUGCCUAUCACUUUCUAUGUAUUAUAAAUGGGGUGUGGGAUGCAACGAACAUACAUUCAGUCAGCUACUGUCAUAUUUUGGUAUAGUUAAGUUGACAACAAUGUAUACAAUAUUACAAUGUAAACAAUAUUACAUAUCUUCAACUGUCUUUUCAUGUUUCAAUUGGGGUGAAACGUGUAAUAUACACAGAGUGUACAAAACAUUAGGAACACCUUCCUAAUAUUGAGUUGCACUCCCCUUUGCCCUAAGAACAACCUCAAUUCGUCGGGCGUGGACUCUGCAACGUGUCGAAAGCGUUCCACAGGGAUGCUGACCCAUGGUGACUCCAACAUGUUGUGUCAAGUUGGUCGGUUACACACAGGAAGCUGUUGAGCAUGAAAACCCCUGCAGCGUUGCAGUUCUUCACACACCGAAACCUUUGUGCCUCGCACCUACUGUCACAACCCGUGAUAAAGGACGUGAAUAUUUAGUCUUGUCCAUUCACCCUCUGAAUGACACACACAUUACAAUCCAUGUCUCAACUGUCUCCAGGUUUAAAAUCAUUCUUUAACGGGUCUCCUCCUCUUUAUCUACACUGAUUAAAGUGGAUUUAACAAGUGACAUAAAUAAGGGAUCAUAGCGUUCACCUUUAUUCACCUGUCAUGGAAAGAGCAGUUGUUCCUAAAGUUUUGUACACUCAGUGUAAAUAUCAUGCAAUUGCAAAGUGAGGUCAGAAAAGUAUGUUUUUUUUAGACAUAUUUUUAGCGACCAGAAAACAGCCAAAAUAUGUGGUUUUUCCCAGAUGUCUCCAUUACCUUGUUGUAACCAGGUUAUCUUUAUAAGCAGAAGACCAGUUUACAAUGCCAAAUGUUGCCCCCUGGGUAAGUAGGCUCAUGUAUCUACGUCAGAUUGUGGAUGCUGGGGGCUGGGGGGGAUCUGUCCCAAAUAGGUCCCAAAUGGGUGACACGUGGCUCAGUAUGGCACGUCCCAUGGGAGACCAGUAUGAAAAAUGUCUGCACUCACUACUGUAAGUCACUCUGGAUAAGAGUGUCUGAUAAAUGACUAACAUGUAAAUGUAUUCCCUUUAAAGUGCACUACUUUUGGAAAAUAAUGUGUCCCAAAUGGCACCCUAUGGGACCUGGUCAAAUGUAGGUCUAGUGCACUAAAUGUGGAAUAGGGUGCCAUUUAGGACACAUCCCUCUGUCACUAAAUCCUCUUUGUCACAGUGGAUGGAUAACAUCAUCACUCGAUAGUCACACACACCACAUACCGUACUAAGUGCCAAUUUCUCUCUUUCUCUUGUUGGUAAAGCACUGAUGCUGAAUUACUUUGUGAAUAUAUUAAAGUGCAUUUAUCCAUA